AUGCCCGUCUCCACCCUCCCCCACAGGGCUGCCCUGCUGACUGGCCGGUUCCAGAUGCGCUCUGGGGUUUACCCCAGCAUGUUCGACCCCGACUCGCGGGGAGGCCUGCCGCUCUCCGAGCUCACCAUCACAGAUGUGCUGAAGGCUAUGGGCUACACCACAGCCAUGGUCGGCAAGUGGCACCUCGGCCUGGAGCUUAAUGGCUCCUUCCUGCCCAUCCACCAGGGCUUUGACCACUUCCUUGGGGUGCCCUACUCCCAUGACCAGGGCCCCUGCCAAAAUCUCACCUGCUUCCCUCCUGACAUCAGGUGCUUUGGGACAUGUGACCAAGGCUUAGUGCUAGUCCCGCUGCUCUGGAACCCGAGCAUCGUGCAGCAGAUGGUCUCCCCUGAUCUGGUGCCACUCUACAACAAAUUCGCCUGGGACUUCAUCGCAGACUGUGCGCGCCGAGGCAUCCCCUUCCUGCUCUACUACUACGCUUUGCACCACACACACUAACCCCAUUUUGCAAGCCGGGAGCACACAAAAAGAAAAAAAAAU